UACUUGGGCUCGACCCCUCUUCCCUUUACAGCUCUGGGUACCCACGUCCCACCAUGGUUACCACCACGGCGCCGCCGCCCUUCCUGACUCGAAUUUCUGCGGGCACCGAAGAUCCCCGGCGGCUGCCCUCGACGCUCCUCCAGCACCUCAGGCGAGGGGAAAACAACUGUGAGAACCAGCCCAGCUGCUGCCUGGCGGGUCCGGGGGGCAGCGCGCGGCCCGCGCUGAAGAGAGUGAGGCGGAGGAAGGGCAAGAUCCGGCCGGGCCCCGCCGGGCUCCUGCCGAGCCGUUACCAGCAGUUCCAGCAGCACCGCGCCGGCCUGGGCAGAAGGACGCCGCUGGGAGCGCACGGCCCGGCCGAACUCGGCGCUCCCGUCGCCUCAACUGUCUCUGCCGGUCCCGGCUUCGCGGCGACCCCCGCCGAGGAGUCCCUCGCACCCACCCCCUCCAGACCCGCGCCCAGCAGACCCCUCAGGGAAGAGUUCUUGAAGAACAAGAUGGGAAAGACAGAGAAGGCUGCCACUCCCCACGGCCAGCCCGUUCACGGUUUACAUCUGUGUGAACAACCAAAGAUUAACAGGCAGAAGAAUAAAUGUAAUGUGCCGCUGACAAAGAUCACCUCGGCAAAAAAGAUAGAGAACUUUUGGCAAGAUUCGGUACCGCCAGAAAUCAUUCAGAAGCAGGAGAAAAAGCCACUUAAAAACACAGAGAACUUCAGAAAUGCCAAGUCCAAGAAACCCAUCACCCUCACAGAUGCGAACCAAAAAGAAAAUUAUGCUGGGGCGAAAUUCAGUGACCCACCAUCUCCCAGUGUCCUCCCAAAGCCCCCCAGCCACUGGGUGGGGGGCACAGCUGAGCUGUCUGACCAAAACAGGGAGUUGAUGGCAGUCCAUCUAAAAACUCUCCUCAAAGUUCAGGUGUAGUUUCCAAGCUCUCUGAAUAGCUGCGAAGCAAACUCCAUCCAGGAAACUUACACAUGCCUUGUUGCAAACAAAAAAUUAAAAAAAAAAAUU